AUGGAAGUGGAUGGAACUAACACCCAAGACGAGUUAAGUGGAGUUUCUCUGCAACACGAAGCGGCUUGUACGGUAGACGCAAAGGCGCUUGAGGAAAAUGGCGGAGAUCUAGCCUUCACUCCUACGUUUUCGCCAGAUGGUCCUGUUACAACUCUUGCUGAGCUAUGUAAGUGAUUUGAAUGAUUGUUCUUAAGUAUUAUUUAGUACAUAAUGAUAUUUUUGAAAGUGGUAUGGUUAUAUUUCAUAGUCCUGAAAAGUCGAUUUAAAGUCGAAAGAAGGCCAUCGUCCGCUUUCCCGCGGGUACAUCAAGGAGUGCGGGAUUUUUCCCGUGAUAAUUGCGCAAAAAUUGAAUACCAUUUAAAACAACUUGACUAUUUCGAGAUUGUUUAUUAUGUUACAACCAAUCACUCAGACAAACGAAUUAUAUCUUCGGCUUCGGCUUGUUUGUUGAUUUUCUAAAUUUUCAGGGUUUCCUGAAUUUUUUGUUUACACAACUUUCUGUAGAAGAGCAAUUUUCAAAUAAGUGUCAAAAGUAAUGUGGGAUUGCUUUGUUUUGCUUUACUUCGCUCUGUGAUUUGUUCAGAAACUUGCCCCUUUUCUCAACCAAUCAGAUUCAAAACUAAACCAACUGUGACUAGUGGGCACUUGGGUCAUCCCUUACUUCAGGAAGUUUGCCUGUUUUAAUUUAAUUAAAUGGCUCCUCAAGAUGUUUUCCUUUUCAUAAUUGGCUGCUAUGAUUGCUUUGAACUUGAUUUUAUGACACUCAAUCAAAAAGCACUCUAAGUAAGCAGAAUUAUUAUCAUGAUAACCUCUGCAAAUAUUUGAAGCAUGCCAUCAUCAAUAAUAAUCCUGCUAACAUAUGUCAAGGCAAAAUAGUAUUUGCGAACUUAACAUUUUUGAAGGGAUAUUAGAUUGAAUAUCAGAGAGUGGAGGUUUGGUGAACCUUUACACCUUAACAUCAAUAGGCAUAUUCUCUAUCCUACUCUUAAGACAUUUCUUAGGGUUCUGACAAGGAGAAUUUGUUCAAACAAUUGAGAGCUUCUUUAGUUGGUGAUCAACUCCUUUAUUCUCAUGACCUUAAUGUGUGAUUCAGGGGUGAUAUUGUAAGGAGAAAUUAGAUGUUAGUCACUCUUAGGGAUUAAAGGGUUAAAAGGUAAACCCUCUUCAGGUAUAGUUAAACCAUUAUUGCAACCAGUUGAGAAUAUUCUGCUAUCCUCCUCACAAAGCAAAAUUUACUCACUUUUAAUCAACAGUUUAAUUAACUUUUCUGUAAAGGAGUAGCUUAAUAAAUUUUGACCCAGAAGUGUUAUAGUCAGGUAGUAUAUUUAUCUUCUUCUCUGAUAUGAGUGAUGAUCCCUUGGAGUGAUAAGCAUCUAAUUUCUCCUUACUAUUUAACACCCAAAUCACACAUGACAGGUCGGAAGAAUGAAAGGAAUAAUCACUUGCUAAAGAAGCUCUAGAUUGUUAACCCUUUGACUCCCAUGAGUGACCAAGACAGAAUUUCACCUUUUCACAAUUUCAACCGGAUAAGUGGUGAGAAUAAAAAAAUGUAUCAAUUUGGGGAUAAUUAAUUGAUCCAAUACUAAAUUCUCUGAAACAGCAUUGUAUGACUGAUAGUAAGAAUUGUAUGACUGAUAGUAAGGAGAAUUACGAAUUUGAUCUGGGAGUUAAAGGGUUAAACAAAACUCUCCUUGUCAGCACUAUAAGAAAUGUAUAGAGAAAAGUAUGGAGAAUUUGUAUACUGAUGUUGGGUUAUAAAUGGUUAACCCUUUAACUCCCAAGAUUUGAUUGUUAAUUCUCCCCUCUUACUGCUACACAUUUCCUAUUAAAUCAGUUACAAGAAUUUGGUGUUAGAUCAAGAUAACAACUUCUACCUGAUAAGUUUGAGUAUUCUCGUUACCUGUUUGCUAAAUUCUGUUUGGAUAUAAUAGGGAGAAGUUACAUGUUAAUCACUUCUGGGAGUUAAAUGGUUAAAGAGCAGGUGGAACUUUAUGACAUGAAGGAAAUAAAGAGCUGGAAAGGGGUCAUAGAAUAAUCUUUUAAUGAAAAUACCGUUGAUGAAAAGAUAAAUGAUUAUUAAUUAGUAUCAAUAAUUCAUCAUGAUUUACAGCUGGAGUAAAGAGGAAGCACACUGAUCAAACAGAUGAACAAGUAAAUAAACAUCUCCAUCUUGACCCUGAGAGUUCAGAUGGGUUUGCUGACUUGGCAACUCUCGUCAGUAUGUCCUCUUCUGUUUCACUUGCUGUUUCUCAGGUAAACAUUUAACCAUUAUUUAUUUAUUUUCAAGCUCUUUUUAAUAUUAACAAAUAAUUGUUAGAAUAAAUCUAAAAAUAUCACAAUUACAGUCAUUUGUGGUCAAGGAUAGGCAGAUGUAUUGUUUAGGUCUCUUCUUGUGAACUCCCAUAAGUGACUAAAAGAGAAUUUCUCCUUAAGACAACAGUACAAUGUUAAGCAGAUAAGUGACAAGAAUAAAGAAAAAUAUCAAUCAGGUGACUAUUAUUUGUUGAUCCAAUACCAAAUUCUCCAAACUAACAUCACAAGAACUGUAUGGCAGACAAGAAUAACUAAUGAAGAUGAAUUAAAGAAAACACUGAUCAAUAGUUUCUUUGGCAGAUUAUUUCAAGGCAGAUUACAAGCACAUUAAUCAAGUGUCUCAUUUUACCUUUGUUGUGGUGAUGACUCAUGCCUAUCAUCAUUUUUUUGUUUUUCUACCAGGAGGUAGCCUCUCAGACAUUCACCAAUGCCACCAUUGACAACACUGGUCAGCUUGCCCCACUCUCAGCUCAAGAAGCAGCAAAUGCAACAUUAACAUUGUCUGCAGCUGUUGCAGCACUCGCCGCAGGUCAGCUUACUCAGGAGUCAUCAAUCAUUCCAGCCUCCCAGCCAGUUGUUGUCAGUGACAACAAUAAUUCAGUCAACCAAGCAUGGUUUACCACUAAGGAGGACAAAGAUAAUCUUCAUGGCAAAGGUCAGAAAUAUUUUUUCACACACACACCUUCAUAUUUGAAGUUUUCGGUUGACUCUGUUAUCAAGCUUCACUUUAGGUCCAGGUGUCUUGUAAUUCUAAAAUUUCUCUUAAACACCACAUGGCAUAUGCUACUACCCUAAAUGAGGUGGUCCAAGUAAUUCAUUGCAUUUAAGAAGUAGCCCAAACCAAGGUCUGUGGAGAUAGGCAUAGUCUAUUACACAACCUUGAAUUUCCUACCAUGAAGCCAAGCAAAUUUUACUCACAAAGAUUGGGAAAUAUGAGCUAAAAAAUCUAGCUCAUAGUGGAGCUCACAUAGCUCCAUAAUUAUAAAAAAUAGUAGUAACCCAUCAAGCUGAAAAAAUUUGGAUGUAUGACCGUACAACCAUAUGACUAUACAAGGUGCUACUUCUAACAUGUGUGGUCAACUGUAUCAUGGGCACGCUUUGUCCAGUAGUCCAGUUGUCAGUGCACUGGGCUCCAAGUCAGACGAUCCGGGUUCCAGUCCUGGCCGGGGCAAGGCGUUAUGCCCUUGGGAUGUGCAGGGAAAAAAAAAAAUGUGAGCUCCGCUUUUAGGCUUGGCUAGAUCUAUAUAUUAUUAAAGUAAUUUAGUAAACAGUUGUGUUACAUUGACAAGAAGUUGAAACACUUAGUUGAUUAUUACAAAGAAGUUGAUCAAGCCAGAUAAACUGCCAAGCAAAUAUAGGGAAGUUUCCUCUUUAACUAUUCGCCCUCCUUUGGGGAAAAGUGGAACCAACACUUUAAACAUCAGCCUUUCAAAAUUUGCUAUGGUGGAUUAUCUGUCUUCAUCAAUUUGCCCUGUGGUUCCUAUUUAUAAUCAACUGUGUGGAUAAGGCAGACAAACAGUAAAAAAAUUCAGGGUUCAUAUGGGUCCAAGAAAAUCUGGAAAGUUCUGGAAUUUCAUUUUGAAAUUUUUGAGCACUAGAAAGUCCUGGAGAUCUGCUUAACUCAAGCAAUAAGGUUUUCAGAAUUUAUGUUAUAAAAAAAUUUUGUAGGCAGUAGGGAGAAUUGAUCUUGAAAUGUUGGGAAUGAGGUGUUUAUGGUGAAAUUUGGAGUUGUGGUAAAAUUACAUUUGAACUGCUGCUCAUUUACAUGUAUUUAGGUGUGAAGUGGAGGCAAGGAAUGUGGUCUAAAGAGGAGAACGAACAGCUUAAAGAGAAUAUUCUUGAGUACUGCAAGGUAAGGGAGCUAGAAAUUGGUGGAAGAUGGGGUUGUUCUCAAUUGGUUAGUGCCCUAGACUCUGGGUUGAGAGGUCCAUGUUCAAGACCUGGCUGGGUCAAAGUGUUGUGUUCUUUGGCAAAAUGCUUAACAUUCACAGUGCCUCUCUCCAUUCAGGAGUAUAAAUGGGUACCAAUGAACUGUCAGGAAAGCGUGAUGAAGUGGUGGGGGAUAACCUUGUAAUGAACAUGCAUCCCUGACCCAUCCAGCGGAAAUAAGUGAUCCUCCUAGUUGCUUCAUGCUAAGGAAUCUAGGAUGAGCUCUGGCUAGAUGGUCCACGUAGCUUGAGCACUGACUUAUAGCAAUACAUAAAAAGUUGUAUACCUCAACUUUUCUAUCCCUUUCAAGAAAAGAGAGGCUUACAAUGAUUUCCAAGGCUCACAAGGAAUGCCUGCAUGGAGAUGACUUUCUGAAUUCCCUUGUGCUUCUUUUUUUAGUCUCGUGCUGUAUAUUUAACUUUUCAAUUUCUUUUCAUUUAUCAGGUGAACAACAUCCCAGAUCCAAAUAUAAUCAUAUUUGAAAUGACUAAAGAUGAUCGUAAGGAUUUCUACAGAACAAUUGGUAAAAAAAAUUGUUAGUUAUUUUAACAUAGUCAAGUUAAUUGCUCACAAAUACUAAUCAUCCUUUUCAUUGAAAGCAAGAAAUCAGUUUAUAAAAGUUCUAAAUAAACCUAUGUUUAAAUGAAAAAAUAUUCCUGAUGCUAGAGAUGAAUUUUCAUAGCUCAGCUCUAACUGAAGUGAUGCAAAAAAGUUUAAUUGGGAGAGAAAUUUAUCCAGAGGGUUCCUUGCAGUUUGUUGUGACUAAAUGUUCAAAACAUUUUUAUUUUAGCUAAGGGAAUAAGACGUCCUUUAUUUGCCAUAUACCGUCGUGUUCUUCGCAUGUACGACAGGCGAAAUUAUAUAGGAAAGUACUCUUCAGAGGAGGUGGAGCAACUAAAAUCUUUGAAAGAGAAACAUGGUAACGACUGGGCUACAAUUGGGGCUGCCAUGGGCCGGAGUGCAUCAUCUGUCAAGGACAGAUUCAGGCUUAUGAGAGAACACUGUCAUUCUGGUAAAAAUUCAUGAUUGGUAUUUGUGUAAGUAACAACGUGAUUUUGAUGGCAAUUUGGUGUUAAUAAGCACUAGUAAAUUUUUCAAAGACAAAAAAAUUUCACAAGCCUGUAGUGCUUAUUUACACCAAAUUGCACAAGAAAUCGUGUUGUUACUUGAUACUAAUUUAAAUGAAAAAUGUACCACAGAAAGUCAGGACGGACGAAAUUUUGGCAGACCUGCACUAUUUGUAAUAGUAGUAAACGUAGCAUUACAUGAAAAAUGCACUCAUCUUCAGCCAAUCAGAUGUGCCUAAUUUUUUCAUGUUUAUUAUUCUGAUAUAUAUUAAAGGAUCAAGGGUAGAGAAAAAUUAGAAAAUAGAAAUGCUUAGAGGCCUCCUGAAAACCACAGAGCUUGUAAAGCUUUGCUAAUUCAAAGUUUUUUGUUUUUGUUUCCUUUUUUCAUGAAAACAUUCAUCAAUUGGAAAUUUUUCUCAAAGCUAUCAAUGGUGUUACAUUUUGUUGAAUGAACUUAAGACAGAUCUUGGAAGAGUGUCAGGAAUUUCUCAAAGUUCACAAGACUUUUACAGAUAAAAAAGUCUCAAGGCCCCCUUCUCCACCUCCCUUUACCAAUAUUUAAAUUGUGAAUUUUCUAUCUGUUAAGGAUGUUUAUAAUUUAUGUAGAGAGAAUUCAUAAUCACUUUAAUUAUUUUUUUUUUACGAAAAUUAACAUUUAAGGCAAGUGGACUGUCGAGGAGGAGCAGAGACUUUCCAAUGCAGUACAUGAACUUAGCAGUGCAGCCUCUGGGGAUUUCAUUACAGCUGGGAUAUCUUGGGCAGCUGUUGCUGAGAGAGUGGGCACAAGAUCAGAAAAGCAAUGCCGCUCCAAAUGGUGAGAAUUUUAUUGCUAGUUUUUAAGACCUCCAUGGCCAUCUCUAGCAUAUUAGCCACAGGUAGGGCUAUAAUAUCCAUCCAAACAUCUGAGAUAGGUUUAUUUCCCAGGGGGGAUCCAGGAUUUCCUUAGCAGGCGUGCACUGCUAAAGAAUCACAUCAUUGACUGGUAUAAUGUAAACUGUUGAAAAUACAUAGCAAACAAUACGGCAGAUUUUGUAGAACCAUGAAGUUAUGUUAGAAACCUCCAGUUCUUCACAAAGAAGGGGGAAUGGGUGGUGUGCACCUCCUGUUUCCUGAUCCUGAAAGAAGAUGUUCCAAUAGGCCACUUCAUCUCCCUUCAGGGCUGAGGUAGAUUGUUGUUCUAGACUAGCAAAGCAAUCAGUAAAGAAUUGUCUCAUUUUCUUCAAAUUGAGUUGAAUUUCCUAUUUGAUUUGUAAAUGUGACCUUGUGUUUGCUGCCUUGAUCAGGUUAAAUUAUUUAAACUGGAAAGAAAAAGGAGGACAAGAAUGGACAAAACAGGAUGAGAUUCAACUCAUUACCAGGUAAGAUAAAAUUAAGGACAAUUCUUCUGACUGUCAGUGUUUUGGAAUGCUUUCAAAAAUCUUUGCUACCCUGAUAAAACUACAAUGAAAAAAUUAAUGGAAAGUUUCAUGUAACCCCUGUAUUCCUUACAUAGAUUAAGACUGAACUGAUCGCCCAAUUUCCUAACUCAAACCCUGAUCAAUGGAUACCAGUUAGUUGCAUGUACAUGCCUAGUAAAUAUUAACUAUCACAAAGGUUUUUUAAUCAGUAGUCUUGGGCCUCAAGUAGGAAGAGUAACAUCUACCUGUCACUGAACACCAUAAAAAAUUGAGUUUUUUACUUUUUUUAGUCAUUUUAAUCCAUAGCCUGUGUAAUGGACUUACAGGGGCAGGGCUGAUGGGGAAGUUAAUGGUUGGACAAAUUUUGAUGGUUGGGAUUGGGUAAGAACAAAUCCCAACAAUGGUGCUUCGUGCUUGCAUAAACUCCCAAUCCCCCCACAUUUUGUAUACCAACCACACAGGCUAUUUUUUUCCUAAUCCUGCACAUGAAUGUGAACAUAGUAGAUACAAAGCUUCUACAUUUAACCCUUUUACUCCAAAGAUCUGAUUGUAAAUUCUCCUAUCUAGCUGCUUUAUAUUACCUUGCAAAUCAGUUAUGAGAAUUUGGUGUUAGAUCGUGAUAGCAACUCCUGCCUGAUAAGUUUGAGUAUUCUCAUUACCUUUUUGCCAUAUAAUAUAUGAAUUUAAAGGGAGAAGUUACAUGUUAAUCACUUCUGGGAAUUAAAGGGUUGAGUCAUUAUGUAUAUUUGUUGUUUUAGAAUCCACGAAAUGAAUCUUCAGGAUGAGAAUGAUUUAGAUUGGCAGGUGAUGGCAAGCAACUGGUCCAGGUCGGUUUUCUCAACUUUUUACACUCUUUAAUGUUAUAAAUUAUUUAAUUAUGUCGUAUAAUGAGGUACUGAUACCCUCUCUCCUUCAAUUUUGUUCUCUUCAAGCGUCCGUUCCCCUCAGUGGCUUAGAAGCAAGUGGUGGGCGUUGAAAAAACAUGUUCCCGAAAGUGAUAUGGGGACAUUUGAAGGUAUUGACUCUCAUUAAAUGUCUGUUUCCUUAAGCUUCCAUUUGUUGAGAACAUUUAAAACCAGAGGUAAGGCCUAUCCGCACUGGAAAAAAAGUUGUUUACUUACAGUAGACAAAUUUUCUGUCAUCACCAACAUUUUACAAGUGCGGAUGGUUUGUCGCAACUCGACAAGUUUUGGCCGAAGCUGGCUAAUCUUCGAACGGACCGCCGACAAAAUUUGUCCGUCGCUUCCGUUUCACCUUGGGGGGGGGGUGAAGGGUACGGCUACACGUAGGUUAGGCAAACCUCACCUCAACUCGUCUCCAAUCUUCCCGCAGGCGGAGAAACGCGCGUUCGCAGCCUAAAGCGCUAAUAAUAAGAACCUGCUCGUAAAUUAUUUGUCGAGAUGAUUAAGAUAAGGACAAAAGGCUUCUAAGAUACUACUCCAGCAUUUAUCGUCCCUCUAAUGCCGCUGACUUUUUUUUUUCUCUUCCUACUAUUGGGCAGGAUUCAAAAUUUUACUGUUCUAUCCUCAGUAACAAUUUUUUCCUCACUUGAGGAUUUAUCAUUGUAAACUUUUUAUUUUUUGUCAAGUAUUUUUUUUUCAAAUUUCUUGUGGAAAAUCAAGAUGUCUUGUUGACUUACCUCUCAAAAUCGGGCGCCUUUCGAUUGACUGUCGAGAAACCAAAACCAUAGUAGUCACAAUGACAAAUGGAUGGAAAGGAAGAAACCUUUAAGAGCCAAUGGGAACUCUAAGUAAAUAAAACCCCAGUGUCUAAAGCGCGGGAAAACGUGGGCGACCGAGUGGCGAUUGGUUUCAAUAGUUUUAAAUCUGAUUGGUUGAGAGAGUGGUUCGAGUUUAACUGGACCAAUCAUAGGGCGAAGUGAAGUAAAACCCACGCAACCUCGGUUUACUUUCGACAAUGAAUUGAAAAUUGCUCUGUUUCGUUUAUAUAAUUCCAAUCAUUUUUGUUGUCUUGUUUGGUCCACAGCUAUAGUUUCUUUUUUAUUCCACAACUACAUCCCAACACUGCAAAACAAAAUAGAAAGACAAGAAGCUCGCUUUAAAGGAACUCACUUGCCACGGGUGUCCCUAGUUCCCAGUGCAAGACCAGUUCAUGUAAACCCUAUAUCGACAGGAACUAUUACAAACUCGGGAAUUUCUCACACAAUAACAGGUAAUUAAAGAGAGUUGCUCUUCAUUUGUUAUUAUUAAAUAACUGAGAUGCUAAGAACGCCCCGAUUGGUCAAAAUCUGUCGUCCCUACCUAUAAACCCCUAGAAAGUUAAAGGUUGUUUUAUAGAAGUAAUAGACCGCACUUCCUUUCGGUUUACCGGCGUCAUAAGCAACUUGGGAUGUUAGGAGAAUACGAGAAAGGUUUGUUGAUCACAAACCAGGGGCGAGUGAUGUACAAACUUACGAGUGUUAUCCCAACAUCCCGCAUGGCUUUAUAUUACGCUGGUAAACCGACAGAAAGUGCGGUCUGUUGCUCAGAGAGCGAGGGCUGGAGGGAAAAUCUGACGUCCCAAAAGAGGAUAUUGAGGAAGAUGGUAAUUUUUUUUUUUUUUUUUUUUUUUUUUUUGAGGACAGAAAAACGUUCGAAAAACGUUUGCACUUAUGGAUUUAAAGAAAGGUGUUUUUUGUCUUGUCACGAGCGUGGGACAUAGAAAAAUUCUGAGUCCCUAUGAGGAAUUGGACCUCAGACCUUCAGAUUCCGAGCUCCGAUGCUCUACCACUAAGCCACAGAAACUUUAUGGUGAGCGUGGUUGACUACGAAGUUUAUAUGUCACGCGUCCUGCAUACUGCUAGGAUCAUCAAUGUCGAUAGCGUCAUGUUUGUGAAUAGAAUACGUGUCAUAUGAACUUCGUAACAGACCUCGCUCACUGUAGAGUUUCUGUGGCUCAGUGGUAGAGCAUCGGAGUGCGGAAUCCGAAGGUCUGAGGUUCAAUUCCUCACGGGUGUCAUAUGAACUUCGUAAUAGACCUCGCUCACCGUAGGGUUUCUGUGGCUCAGUAGUGGAGCAUUGUAGCGCGGUCUGAGGUUCAAUUCCUCAUGAGGACUCAGGAUUUUUUCUUUGUUCCACGCACAUGACAAGACGAAAAACAUCAUUCUCUAUUUCUUUAUCGAGCUUAAGACUUAUCUCUCUUAUUCUAUUUACAAACAUGACGCUAUCGACAUUGCUGAUCUUAGCAGUAUGCAGGACGCGUGUCAUAUGAACUUCGUAAUAGCCCUCGCUCACCGUAGAUGGUAGAGCAUCGGAGCGCGGAAUCCGAAGGUCUGAAGUUCAAUUCCUUUUGGGGACUCAGAAUUUUUCUUUGUCCCACGCUCGUGACAAGACGAAAAACAUCUUUCUCCAUUUCUUUACCGAGCUCAAAACUUGCCGUCUCUCUUAUUCCAUUUACUUAUGGAUUUGCAGACAAAAUGUUCGGCUAUUUUCUUUCAUAAUCAAGCUAACUUUGUCCAUGAUAUGCAAUAAAACCUCACCUUGUCUGAAUUUCAGUUUGUCUUUAAUUUAUUCCAGUCACUAGUGAUGGAACAGUGUCAAGAGAAGACGACACAUCUCCUCUCACUACCAGUCAUAAUAGAUUCGAAGUGGUACAGGUCAAUGCACUUACACCACAAGAUAUGUUUCACACUGCGUCCGCUGUUCAAGGGACACCGUCAUACAUCAUACAAGCGCCUGCAGGACAGACCUACAUCAUUCAGCAGCCGGCUGGAAGUUUAGUGAGGCAGGCACACACGGGAGAACUCACCUCAGGAUCUGACGGAAUAGAUACGAGUCAACAUGACCAGGUCAUUGAUAAUUUUUCACAGACUGAGUACAUUCUCGUCUAAGAGCCACUCGUUUUUCACAAGCUGUAGCCUUUCACUCCUUUCUUCUACCUCGUGACCAAAAAAAGCAAAGACUCUAGGAUCGAGAGUUAGUCUUGAGCCCUAAGGCAGUUUUGCAUGGAUGCACAGCGAUAUAUUGUCUGCACAAAUGCAAACAUUAAAACUGCAGAGCAAAACAGAUCGAGAUGAAGUAUACCGGAAUUGCAGCAUGUGACGGUCUUAAAGAAAACGUACACCUUUUUGGUACAAUUCGAAGCAAAAUGAUAAAUCACCGGAAUUCCAGUAGCUAGAUAACCUGUGUUAAAUGAGUCAAGCGCAUUUCCGACGUUGACCGCUGUGUUCUUAGAUUCGCACUUGUCGCAUCUUUAACACAGAGAUUUCGAACAGUUCUCCUUCAAAAAUAGCUUCGUUCAAGAUGAACUGAGCUUUAAAUGUAACUAAAAUGUGUCAAAAUGUCUCGACACUGACUUAGUCGAAUACUUAUUUUCAUUGUAGGAGGUAGUGACUGUUCUCCAGGCCCAUCACGCCGUUCAAACCCUCCCAGAGGUUGGACCCGAGUUUACGCAAGCCAUUGUACAAACAGACAUUUCCGGUCCCAUUACAGCAUCGGAACUGACCAACGCAGGUCUAAGUCAUACGAAGUUUGUAAAACCUGCUGCCGAUUUGCAAACAUCUGUGGUGUCACAGGGCGAUGGUAGCCAUGCCACAGUCGACCAGACCAGCCUAGAGGCUGUCCAGACUGUAGACACCCGUCAGUUAGGAGGCCACCAGAGUCUGGUGCAAGAUGAGCUCCAGGUGGAAGCAUCCAAUGCGAAAGAAGGUGGGAGCAAACAGACUGCUUUACCGCAUCACCCAACAUCGGAUAGAGACGAGGAUAGCAAUGUAGCUAGCACAAAUCAGGCUUUCACCAGUCCUCCAUUUCAGGGUAGGUGUUGUUCUACGCUUUCAAAACUUAAUUCGUCGCCUGUUCCAGGCGUUUAUUUAGUAAAACAAAGAGUGACAGUAAACGGCGCACAAGUAGCAGAGGAGUGAAAAAACGGGAGAGGUUUGGGUCGGGUCGCGUAAUGAACACAUUACUUACCCGACUCGACCCAAGCCUCCUUCGCCUUUCACUUCUCCGCUACUAUCGUGCAGUUUGUUAUUUCGCUCCGUUUUGCUAAUCGAAUGCCUGAAACAGACUACUUAAUUUGAGAUUCUCCCCUUUUUGCCGUUAAUUAUAGCAGGGCUGCAAGCACACCUCUUUUUAAAGUCGGCAUGUCGCGAAAUAACUUUCUAAAAUGGUAAUUAGACCUUGUCCUUGUCACAGGCAAGGCAACCCUAACCCUAAGCUCUAGCUUAUCGUCCACCUGCGUAAAGCCUUACUAAACGUAGGUAGAAUUUGCAGUUUGUGAAGACUGGAAGGUAGCAUCAAAGACUAACGGAUCUCGGACAGAAAGUAAAAUAGAUGUGAUAAGACGAACAAGUAGAUCGGUGCACUUAACCUCUAACAAACAUUAAGAGCGUACGCGCAGCUGCAAAUCGCUCGACAGUGCAAUGUAAACUUAUGCUAAUUUUGGGUUAAAGUUGGGUGAGGGGAAGGGACGGUGCGCUGUUGCUCAGAUACUGACUUUGAUCCCAAUUUUAUGUAUGAUGUUUAAACCUUUCAUGCGUGUGUUUUGCCUCUAGGUCCGGCGGCAAUCGCCCAGACGUUAGACGGAACACACCUCCCAGACAGGCCAGUAGUACACAUGCAUCAAGUUGGCCCGGAAAACAGGGACGUCAUCGUCAGCCCAGAUCCCUUGGGGGACGUACACGUCACAGUUAUGUCAAACAUAGAGACAGGUCUUCCUGCUACUUUAUCGCCAUCACCCGCUAUGACACUUCCACAGCAUACACUAAGCCGCACUAGCAAUGCCAAUGAGUUAUCUGUGAACGUAAUGGUUCCUCAGGUCACUCUACCAGACGAGAUACUUCAGUCGCAGUCAGACGAACCUUCUGUUUUAUCCCCAGCUGAAUCGACUAAUGUGAUGAUGGUUACCGAAAACCCCAUGUCCGUCACUUCGACUCUUCCCUCUCAAAUCCUUCAGUCACAAACUGAUGAAAACACGAACCUGUCCGACCCCACCCCCACGUCUAACAGUACCGUUCCUACUGGAAUAAGUGUUGAUGGCCCUCUCGGCAAUGUGGUGACUGUCCAGGGUGCCCUUGGGCAUCCGGGAGAUAUUAUGGAUGCCAGUGAUGUAUUGCUGCAUAUUUCAUUGCCUAUUUCCGAUCCGUCUGUUACUUCAGAGAAGCAAGAUUGUUCUACAGAAACCUAAACUUUAGAGAUUCAUCCUUUUACCCACAAGAUCUAAAUAUAAAUUCUCAGCUCUGUCUUCCACACAUUUCUUUAAUUUAAGCUUUGAGAAUUUAGCAGUAAAUCAAACACCCUCAGGGUGAUGUUUUCUCCGUCUCAUUGCCUUUCUGCUCGAAAAUCUAUUUAUAUUGCAAAGAGUAAUUUUUCUUUUUGCCCACCUCUGGG